AUGUUCGGGACGACCUACUUGAGCGAUAGGCUGUGCGUACACUUUCUCGAAGAGUUUCAGAAAUAUGGCCUUCUGGAGCAGGUGUGUUUUCAAAGGCGCAUUGAGGUCUCGAAGCGAAAAGCAAUUUUUCAUGAUUUUAGGUCGACGCGGAGACAAUCGAAGAGGCGUUACUUGGUCGGGAAAAAGUUCUGAAUUCAUCAAAAUGGUCCUCAUUUGGAAUGGCUACAACUUCUGCGACGGUUCUCACCGCAGGAGCAGCGCUUCUCCUGCGUUUCUGGAGCGGAUCCGCUGCCACUGCCGCCCUUUUCGGAUCGGCUCUCGUCGGGACCUUGGCCUAUAGGAAAGCGAGGCGUUACUUCGACUGCCGACGACACCUUGGCAGCGUCACAAAAGCCUUGAAAGGACUUCACCUUGCCGUUCGGAGGAGACACGCCGUCGCGUUUAGGUAGAGUCAAGUAUAGCCGUGAAUUGACACUUUUCGAGUGUCUGCGUCUCUCUGUUCAAGGCAGUGAAAAAUGAAAAUAUUACCUCAACAGGAGAGGGUCGCCGAGAGACGAGGAGGGCGCAGAGGAAAUUUAAUAAAAUCGAGGUUCUAGUGGCCACUUUAGGGUCUUAAAAAGUUCGAGCAGCCAAUUUGAAGUUUUGACGUUCUAGUGGCUACUUUAGGGUUUUCAGGUUCUAGUGGUCACUAUAGCAGCUAAAAUAGUGGCCGCCAAGACGUAAAAUAGCGGCCACUUUAGGGUCUGGUGUCCUAUUGACCACUCUAGGGCUUUGAUUUUCUUGUGGCCACUUUAGUGUUGUGACGUUCUAGUGACACCUUUAGCGUUUUGAAUUUCGAGUGACCAAUUUAAGGUUUUGACCUUCUAGUGGCCGCUUUAGGGAUUUCACCUUCUAGUGACCAUUUGAGGCUUUUUACGCCCGAGUGGCCACUCUAGGGUUUUGACGUUCUAGUGGUCACUAUAGUACCAAAAGAAUAGUUACUUUAUAUGUGGUUUUAGUGGCCGCCAUCAUGUCCUCUCCGAAUAGCCCUUGAGGAACCCUUAAGUAGCCACUAAAGUUUUUAAGUAGAAAUUUAGUAGUCAAGAUUCCCAAAACCCUCAUGAGGAGAAAUCUGAGUUUGAAGGAGGGCUAGUAUUACUGAAUAAUGUUUGAUUUUGACCUGGAAAAUCACGUAUUUCUGUUUUUUUUUUUUCAGCGUGGGGAUAAAUAUCAAAGUCCACUCGACGCCCCUGGCUGUACAGCUCCGCCUCUUGGCUGUCGAAGUGAUCCGCUGCCUAGAUUCGGCAUCGACUCAGCUCGCUUCACGGUUGUUAGUUAGAAUUGAAGGGUUCCAACAAUUUUAGAAAAUUCUAGAAGUGAAGAAGACACUGACAGGUUGUUGAGCAACUUCUACAGCGAGGGAAUUUGUGAGAUUUUGGAGCAGAAUGUUGAGGACCAUGGCGAGACCGGUGAGAGAGUUGUUGAGGUUGGAGUUGAUCAUUUUUUGAAUUUGAGUGGUUUUUUAAUGACCAAAUCGUUAUUAGAUCAAAAAUUUCAAUAUUUUAAGCGGAAACAUGAUUCGUUAGAGAAAAAGGUGCUUGGAGAUCAGAUUUUUCUUAAUAAAUGAUUUUUAUGGCUUGUUCUUACUGUCUGACGUGUCUGCGCUCUCUUUUUCUUCACCAGCGAGAUCAUCUGAAGACGAGAGCACCGGGAGGAAAGAGGGCGCAGAGAAAUCAGACUUUUUCGAUUUUUAGCUGAUGCCGUGUAUCGAAAAGACAUUCAAAAAAAAUUUCCUGACAACUUUAAGCCGAACUGAGGGAUUUCUCAGAGGCCCCUGUAGGGGUUUAUUGUUUUAGGGACCCCUAUAGGGGUAAAAAUCCUUCUUCGAAAUUUCAGACCCUCCUAGACCUGACCUACCUCCACGUGAGCGAGUACUGCCGUCUCCUGAUUUUCUCCCUUUUUUCAACGUCUGACUUGAAAAAUCUUCUCUCAGUUAUUUCAAAAUCGCGCCAGACUUUCACAAAACUGUCUUCUUUUGUUGAGAGAGCAAAUGGUGCAAAUUUCCUAGUUUCUAAAAACUUCAAACUGGUUUCAGAACUGAAAGAGCGUUGCUUGAAUGUCAAACUGUCCUCGAAACAAGUCGAAACCCGGAAAAAUGAAAGUUUAAUCCCUGUUUCAAGCCUGACGAAGGUGGCGUUUGCACUGGAAGAUGUCGUCCAAGGGUUCCAAAAUACAUGAGAAAAAAGAAAUUUGUAAAAAAAAAGUUCAGAAUAGCCUCCGGUGAGCUGGAAGAGCAAGAAGUUGGGGAUGCUCUCCGGAGAAUCGCCCAACUGAUUGAAAUCCCGGUCUCUGGGAAAAUUCCCAAGUCUGAGGCUGAAAACGUCACGGCGGAACUUUCAACGGCGAUUCCUGAGGCUCCAGCUCAUCCAGCUCCAGUUUUUGAAAGGACGGAUGUUGAUAUGGUUUGAUUUUCUGUCGAACAAUUGAUUAAAAGUCUCUAAAAAGUGACCUUUUCUUUUUUGGAAAGCUUACUGAGCCUGUCGAGGGCUGUCUUGAGAUUCAUUCAUAUUUUCAGCUUAAAGUAAAGUUACUAUUAAAGGCGCAUGGGAAGUUUCCGAAAAGGUCUCUCACCCCGCCUAAUUUUCAUUCUAAAAGCCAAUCGUUAACAAAUAGCAAAUAAAAUGAGACAAUAAGUCAUUUUCACUGGCCACUAUAGUAGUCGAAUUAGUAAGCACUUAGGUGGAAAAAAAUUAGUGGCCUCUUUAGAGGUCUAAGUGGUACUAUUACAUAACUAGAAAUCACUAGAGUGACCACUAAGACGCAAAGUAGUGGCUUCUACAGAGUGACCACUUUAGUGUCCUCGAGGAACCUCUUAAGUGGCCACUACGGUUUUUUCCUAGGAAGUUACGAUACGAUUUUUCUUCAGAAGUGAAGAAUUUUGUGCGAUUUUAAAUGAAGUCGAAAUAUCUCGAUUUUUUGAAUCUUUGACCCUUUUACAGCCGAAAAAAUUUCUACAUUUUCAAAUUGUACUAUUUCGAGCCAAUAUUUGUUAUUUUAUUAACGAAUCUUGGAAUUUUCAAGAAAAUGUAUUGAUUUCAGGUCUUUGAAGGAGUUCCAGAUCAAGAUGAACCAUCCACAAUUGAUAGAAAUGUGAGAUUCCACUUCAUUCCGUGAUUCGGAAUCACAAUUUCAGUUUCAUGAUACGGAUUUCGACAACGCCCCGGCCAAUGCUUCUCUAAUUGGCGAGCUGCAAUUCGCCCUCCUCGAUAGACGUGAUGACUUUGCCCGGCGCGAAAAAGCGGCUCGGGCCAAGUUUUACGGCGUUUCUGAGGCCGAGCUGGACGAGAUCGACAAGCGAGAAGCAAAUGAAGACGUUGAGAAGGAGAAGGAAGAGGUGAGAUUGAGAAUAGAUUAGUAAAUGGAAUAUUCAAUUGUCACUCCGAUUGAUCAACUGAUUCUCAUUCUUAAGACCAACUACGAGGGUACCGGCGAAGGUGGCGAGCCUGACGUCGUCACUAGCUGGCGCGACGCCAUCUCGACGACGUGUGGCGUGCAUCAACAGAUCAACGACGACGCCUUUCUGGCCGCACUCGCCUCACGACGGAUCCCGCAGAGCCACAUCGGCGACGACAGCGAGGAGGAGUCCGAUGAGGGAUCGUGA